UGAUCUUUGUCCUGACACCAACAGAGCUCUUUCUCUUUGAGCUGCGUGUGUUUCUCCACCUUCCCUCUCCCAAGCAAUAUCCCUCUUCUUUACACUCUCAUUAAGCACUUCAAUUCAAAACCAUGUCUGCAGAAUCAGCCAGUGCAAUUCAAAGAAGCCAAGUUGAUCUAGUAGACUUUGUUGAUUGGUCCGGAGUUGAAUGCCUUAAUCAAAACUCCAGCCAUUCCCUACCCAAUGCUCUCAAACAGGGAUAUAGAGAAGAUGAUGGGUUGAAUCUAGAGAGUGAUGCAGAUGAGCAGUUGUUGAUCUAUAUACCUUUCACUCAAGUUGUUAAACUGUACUCUGUCGUUGUCAAAGGACCUGAAGAAGCAGGUCCUAAGACUGUAAAGCUUUUCUCAAACAAGGAGCAUAUGGGAUUUAGCAAUGUCAAUGACUUUCCUCCUAGUGACACUGCAAUUUUAUCACCAGAUGAUCUUAAGGGAAAACCGGUAGUCUUGAAGUAUGUUAAGUUUCAGAACGUUCGCAGUCUGACAUUAUUCAUUGAAGAUAACCAGUCAGGUUCUGACAUCACCAAAGUCCAAAAGAUUGCUCUAUUUGGGACAAUGGUGGAAACAACAGACAUGAAGGGCUUGAAGAAGAUUGAGGAUCAUUAACAGUGAACGGUUGCUAAAAGGAUCAUUAACAGUGAACGGCUGCUAAGAAAGUGCUUAAGUUUUUUCUCAUUUAUGUUUUUCUAAGAACCUAGUUUGAUGCCUGAAAAGUUUAUGGCUGUUUUUUCAACCUUUCUCCUGGAAAUCUAGCAAAUAUACCUAGACUUCUGUCA